GUAAAUGCACCCGCAACCAUGACGCGCCAGGAAGUUGUAAGAGCUGAACAUGCUCUGCAUGACCAGGCGAAUCUGCUGCCGCGCCGCCAGCUGAUCUUGGCUUUCGCUACGCUCUCCGUCAACAUGCUCAUUGUCGCGAUUGACCAGAAUGGGAUCUCCGUCGCCCUCCCCACCAUUGCCGCUGAUCUCAACGCCGAGGCUACCAUCUCGUGGGCCGGUACCGCAAGCCUGUUAGCCAACACGACGUUCCAGAUGUUGUACGGCCGUCUGUCUGACAUCUUUGGACGCAAGACCAUCUUCCUUGCUGCCAUCGCCAUGUUGUCCAUUGGGGACUUGCUGUGUGGAUUGUCUCGCAGCGCCGUCAUGUUCUACAUAUGCCGCGCCAUUGCCGGCAUCGGCGGCGGCGGCAUCGUGAACCUCACAAUGAUCAUCGUCUCGGACAUUGUAACGCUGGAGCAGCGAGGCAAGUAUCAGGGAAUCAACGGUGCCAUGGCUGGACUGGGCAACGCGGCGGGGCCCUUUCUCGCCGCGGCCUUGAUCCAGAAGACGUCAUGGCGCGUCUUUUUCUGGAUGCUCUCGCCCCUUGGAGCUCUAACGGCUUCUCUGACGUAUUUCUACCUGCCAAGCAAACCGCCGACGGCAGGCUUCAAAGAAAGCGUGAGGCGGGUGGACUGGAUGGGUUCUUUUUCAUCGUCAGUAGGAGUCAUCCUUCUGCUCAUUCCCAUUACCGGAGGCGGCGCGUAUUUCUCCUGGGAUUCGCCUAUGGUAAUAAGCAUGCUUAUCGUUGGCUUUGUGGCUUUCUUGUCUUUUAUCGCCUGGGAAUGGAAGCUUGCAAGACUCCCUAUGAUGCCAGUCGACAUAUUCAGUAACCCUGUGGUUGUUGUCAUGUUCUUACAAAGCUUUCUCUUUGGAUCUGUCUAUCAAGCGUACUUGUAUUACGUCCCAUUGUACCUCCAGAAUGCUCACCAGUUCUCCAUCAUGACCUCAGCUCUUGUUUAUAUACCUCUCGUUAUAGCACAGAGCCUGAUCUCAAUUCUUUCUGGGCAGUACAUUUCUCGUCGGAAGCGAUACGGCGAGGUUAUUGUCUUUGGGUUUGGCAUCUGGACCCUAGGAGCCGGCCUAGCGUUAAUUUUCAACCGAAUUACCACCCCCGGAACAAUUGUCGUGGUUCUGCUUCUUGUUGGAACAGGAGUAGGCUGUGUUAUGCAGCCUACUCUUGUGGGUCUGCAGGCCCACUCUCCGAAAUAUCGUCGUGCCGUCAUCAUAUCGAAUCGAAAUUUCUUCCGCAGUGCCGGCGGCGCGUGUGGUCUAGCUAUCUCGGCGGCGGUCCUUCAAGCUCGAUUGCGGGCCACGCUGCCCCAGGAAUACAAGUAUAUUUCCGACUCUACGUAUGCAUUGCCAGAGUCGGUGAAACACGUUCCUGGGGUGCUGGAUGCGUAUAUGGCGGCGAGCCACGGUGUUUUUAUCCUCCAGGUACCGUUGAUCGCGAUAUGCUUCCUCUGCACAGGUUUUAUCCGAGACCGAGGUUUGGAACCGCCAGAGGACCAUGAUAACUAAGAACAAGUUGUCUAUCGAAACCGAAUUGGUUCUUAAAAGCAAGGCAGAAUUUGCCGAGGCUGUUGCUGAAGUAGACGGGGCACAAGGACGAUUCUAUCAGCAUUUGUCUGCAGGCCUACGAGAAAAGACCCGAACGGUAUUUCACAUCAAUGCUGUUGCCUGAAGGGGUGUAUGGGAGCAAAACUUUUCCUCAUACUGUACCGGAAGGUGGUUUGAGUAUGCCGAUGGGCUGUUGCGCAGCAAUCGGCGAUAUUUGGAGGAUCUUGGGUUCUCCAAAUUCUUGGUGAGUAAAGUAAGUUUGGGAAACAACACCACGAGAAACGCACGAAGCGAUAUUCGUAAGAUUGUUGUAGAAAUUUAAUUAGAAUGGAUGGGAUACGAGAAUGCUUAAAAUAGACACUAGAUUAUUUGAG